AUCCCUUGGCCUUCGUACCUUCCUCCCUUCUCAAGUCAAUGCCAUUUUGCCCGUUCUCCCCCUCCCCUCUCCGAAAUACCCCGCUCGCCUCUUCCCAUGAAUCAACCUCUUUAUAGCAGUCACCGCAGAAUCUCCCACAGAUAUCUGAAAGUCGACCCGCCUCUUCACUGCCUUGCACUAAUCCUUGUAAGCGCUGAGAUGAAGCCCCUGUUCUUACCCCCUCUUAUGCAUAAGAGGGUCCACCAGUUCAUUGCGAAGGAGAGUGAUUGGGGAUUUACCUCCUUCAUGUCGCUUCAGGAUCUAUACGACCCGUCUAAAGGCUUCCUCGUUAACAAUACAAUGAUAUUCGAGGCAGAGUUUAAUGUGCGAGACAAGUUUGGCUUCCAGACGACUGCUCAGUACGACAUGUAGGUAUUGGGAACUGAUGGACAAGUACUGCCGCCCAAACUUCAAGCCGCAUAUCAUUCGAGACCCCACCCUGCCUCCUGUGCUGUGAUUUCUGGACGGUGUUUUGCGAUCCUUGGGGGUUUACGGGUGGUAAGGGAAGGGUUGAGAGCAAUCGAUGAGACUGCACAUGAAACUAUGGUGGAAAGGGAAACAUUAUACUACUGAAAACGAUGGGAGGCGACCGUAUAGUGUACAGGUGGAUACAACAGUAGCAGCAAUUAUGAGUGAGUGGUUUUCUGUUGGUUAAUGUACAACACCCCACCUUUCUGCACUUGGGGGCAAUGAUUGUAAGGGUGUGAA